CAUUACGGUCAUGUAGAAAACCAGAUCUGAACCUGAUGUUGUGUGGAAGUGAUGCGGCUCUGAAUACUGUAUCAAAAUGUUUCAGAGAAGAAGAAACACUUUUCUCAUCACAUAAAAGAGAGUUUAGAACAGUGUGUCAGAUGGAAGAAAAGCUUCAUGGACGUCAGAUUACUCUGGUGAAGCUUCCAGCUCUCAAUUGGUUAUCAGAGGAUGAUGUAAGGCGUCAGACUCUCCGCUGUUUGUCUCUCUGUAAUCCUGGAGUUAAUGUUUUCCUCCUCAUUAUUCCUGUUGGUCCACUUAAUAACGAAGACAAAGCUGAAAUUGAGAAAAUCCAGAAGAUAUUUGACUCCAGACAGCAUUUCAUGGUGCUGUUCACUACAGAGCUCAUUAUUGAUGAAAGAAUGACAGAUAUAGUCAAAUCCAGCCCAGAAUUUCAGAGGUUAAUCGGUCUAUGUGGAGGUCAGUACAAAGUGAUGGGGUUAAAUGAACCUGCAAACUCGAGACCGAUCCCAGAACUAUUGGAUUACAUAGAGGAUAUGAAGAUUGAACCAUAUUCACUUCAGAUGUAUGUGAAAGCUCAAGAGAACAGAGUCAGACAUGAAACAGAGGAGAAAUAUAAAGAAGAACUGAAGAGACUGGAGAAUAAAAUCAAAGAUUUUCAGAUUAUGGGAGCUGAAGAUGAAUCAGAUGAUCAGAAGUGUCUGAGGAUUGUGCUGAUCGGGAGGACAGGAAGUGGAAAGAGUGCAACAGGAAACACUAUUCUGGGAAGAAAGGAGUUUGUGAGUGACUUAAGCACAGAUUCAGUGACGACUGUGUGUAAAAAGAAAGUUGGUGAAGUUGAUGGUCGAUCAGUCGCUGUUGUUGAUACUCCAGGACUCUUUGACACGACACUGACAAAUGAUCAAUUGACGGAAGAAAUCGUGAAAUGUAUUUCACUGUCGUCACCUGGACCUCAUGUGUUCAUCAUUGUGUUGAGUCUGGGGAGAUUCACAAAGGAAGAAGCAGCCACUGUUGAUCUGAUAAAACAGAUCUUUGGUCAUGAAGCUGCUCAGUUCAGCAUCGUCCUGUUCACUGGCGGAGACAAUCUUGAGAAUGAAUCUAUAGAGGAUUAUGUGAAGAGAAGUAAAUCUGGAGAACUCAAGAAACUGAUUGGAGAAUGUGGAAACAGAUUCCUGGAUUUCAAUAACAAAGAAAAAGAAGACAAAACUCAAGUAACUCGACUGUUGGACAUGAUAGAAGAAGUGAGAAAUGCUAAUGAGGGUCGAUACUUCACUAACAGCAUGUUUGAGGAGGCAGAGAUGUCCAUUAAAAAGAGGAUGGAGGAAAUAAUGAAAGAGAGAGAGAGAGAAAUUCAGACUCAGCGAGAAAAGUUACAAGCCAAAUAUGAGAUGGAAAUGAAAAACAUGACGCAGCGACUAGAAGAAGAAAAACAAAGAGCAGAUGAGGAGAAACUGAAAAUGGAGAAUCAAAUCAGAAAAGAGAGGAGAGAGAAAGAAAUAACAGAGAAAAGAAUGAAAUAUCUUCAGAGACACGAAACCAUGAAAAGGAAUCAUGAAGAUGAAAUAAAGAGGAUUAAGAUGCAAUAUGAAGAAGAGGCUAGGCUAAAAGCAGAAGAAUUUAAUGAGUUUAGAGACAGAAAAGAGCAGCGGUUUUGGGAUUUCAAGGAUAGGCUGGAAGAGCAACAUGAUCAACAUUAUCUACUGAAAGAAUGGUACGAAGACUUGAAAGAGGACAAAAAGCAGACAAAGAAGAAGAAUCAAAAAUCAAAGGGCUGUGUCAUGUUUUGAUUGAUUUUAAUGCUUAAAGUUGUCUCAAAUACUGUAAUUAUUAGCUUUAUAUUUUUAAAUAUGCUUUAUAUUUUAUCAAGCAAAAGUUUUUCUACUUGAAUAACUGAUGCUUUUGGUUAUAAUACCGCAAGGCCAUUUGUUUGAUUUUUUUUUUUUUUAUUGAAAAGAGAAGGAAUUUUGAGUGACCAUUUUUAAUGAGCACAUGCAGAAUUUGUAGUAGACUAGAUUUGUAGUUCACCUCAGUAGAGUGUGAUACUCAACUGGUACUCUCCCAAGGUUUUCUCUCCAUUCUGUCACCUGAUGGAGUUUUGGUUCCUUGCCACUUUUGCCUUUUGGCUUGCUUAGUUGGGGACAUUUAAUAUUAAAAUUGAAAACACAUUCUCUAAUCGAUAAAUUUAUCAAAUGAGUAAACCAAGAUAUCAUCAAGGAGCUAUAUAUAUAUAUAUAUAUAUAUAUAUAUAUUAGCAAAUUAAUAUCUAAAUUGUUAAAAAAAAAUUAUUUGCCAGAGUAGCUUUAUCAUCAAUAGCGCUGUAUACUUUGAGCGCUUUGGCACUCUCUAUUAAUUGUGUAUAAUAUUAUACUUUUACUUCUGUAAUUUUUAUACUACAUUUUUCCGAGAUAGGGCUGGGCGAUAUAUCACAUGACAUUGUUAUGCGCAUCUCAUCAG